GUUUUGCACUGAUUUCUUCUGCUAAUGAAUUGAGGACAUGCAAGGCAAACUUAGCUCAUUGAUUUAAGCACUUGACUUUUGACCAGUGGGCCUCGGGUUCGAAUCCCACUGUGCCUACCUAGAGCGGGUAACUGGGAAGUAUCAUUAACCCUUACACAAUAAGUGUCACUCAUAAUCCCUGGAAUAUGAAACACCCCUUCCAGGAACUGAGUUCAAAGAUUGCAUGCUAACCGUUUGGUUCAAUGAUAACACUCGCAUCUUGUAACUCAAUGAUCCUGAGCUCAUUGCUCCAUGCAGUCAUGUGUUUGCAUUAGUACAAAGUGCCAAGCUAGAAAAUACUCGCUCUGUUAGCUCUCCUUAGUUUCUAAAUACAUCUAUGGCUAUUUUCAUUGAAAACCUGGUUCACUAAUGUGUUUAUUAUUAAUCUCUAUUAAGGAAAAAGCUGAAGUCAAAGAAGCAUUUGAUCGUUAUCGUGAAGAAGUAUCUGAAAUGGUUGAAAAUAUAGAAAUGAUCACUUUAGAUAAAGAAAUGACCGAAGAAAAACUAGAAAAAUUGACUGGAGAAAUUGAAUUACUUAAGGAACAAGUAGAAGAAUUAACUCUUGAGAAUCAAAUCUUGAAAGAAGAAUUUGAAGAAAAAGUAUCAGUCGGUGUUGAAGGCGGUCCAACUCUCUUACAGUUUAAAAAUCUUGAACAACAAAAUGAACGAAUGAAAGGAGCACUGGUCAAGCUACGUGAUUUGGUUAAUCAAGAUAAAUCGGAAAUUUCAGCUUUAACUAAACAGAUUACAUCUUUAGAAUCAGAAGUUAGUCAACUUCAAACAGAAAAAGAACGAUUAACAAAAAAUUUAAAGGAUAGUGUUGAACAAAUUAUUGAAUUAAAAGAACAAGUGGAUGCUUACCUCGGCAUUGAUACAAUGGUCAGUCAGUUGACACAACGUAAUUUAGAACUGGAAGAAACGCUUGAGAAAAUUAAAGAAGAAAGAAAUGAUCUGGAAGCUCUUUGUGAAAUGAAUGAUGAAUUGCAAGAGAAUAGUCGUCAAACAAAACUUGAACUACUUGAAGAAAUUGAACGAGCCAACAGUCAAAUUAAUCAACUUGUACGUCAUUUAGAUGCGACACGUGAAACAAUUGCAGACUAUGAACAAACUCUUGGUAAAUUUAGAGAUUUAGUCUCUGAUUUACAAACACAAAAUACUGAUCUACGUAGGUCAUUAGCGGAUGGAAAACGCCUACAGGAAGAACAACAGCAACAAAAUGCCUAUCGUACAGUUGCAACAGAUCUUGUCGGUUCUACAGCUGCAUUUAUGGGGGGUAAAUUCGGAUUAGGCUCUCAAGUACAAACUCUUGCUAAAGUAAUUGAAGCUGAAUUAAGACGCCUUGAAGCAGAACAAACUGCAAAUCAUGUGACGCGGUUAUCUGCUUUCUUACCUGACUCAUUUCUCCGACGUGGUGGUGAUAAUGAAGCAUUACUUUCACUUUUGUUAAUCGAUCGACUAGCUGGGAAAUGCGAUCUGCUGGCUAAUCAUAUUGUUGAACGUUAUCCAUUGCCUCCUUGUGUUCCGGGUCAAGCACCACUACAGAUGUCUCAAGGUGAAACCAGUACUACUACUACUACUACUGAUAAUCCAACUGAAGUUGUUUGUGGAAUUUGUAUUCCUGGUACUGAUAAUCCACUGACUAAAACACAAUCAGAAUUCUAUAGUUUUAUAACUAGACUAAUUCAUCUACUCCGGUCAAUGGCUUCUUUGUUAGGCCAGUGUAAACAGUAA